AUGCCAGAAUCGACAAAUACAAUCAUUAACAGUUCUGUCAAAAAAAUCAAAUUAAGUGCUCUUUGUGAAUUAUGUCAUGGUAGAAAAGCGGUAAUGAAAAGACCCAAGAAUUUGAUGAAAUUAUGUAAAGAAUGUUUUUAUAAUAUAUUUGAAACUGAAAUUCAUAAUACUAUUAUCUCGAAUGAUUUAUUUUAUCGUGGAGAAAAAAUUGCUAUUGGAGCAUCAGGAGGUAAAGAUUCUACAGUAUUAGCAUCUAUUCUUAAAACAUUAAAUGAACGAUAUGAUUAUGGAUUAAAUUUAGUAUUAUUAUCUAUUGACGAAGGAAUUAAAGGAUAUCGAGAUGAUUCAUUAGCCACGGUGAAAAGAAAUCAAAAACAAUAUGAUAUGCCAUUAGAAAUUGUAUCAUAUAAAGAUUUAUAUAAUUGGUCGAUGGAUGAAAUUGUUGCUUGUGCAGGGAUAAGAUCAAGUUGUACAUAUUGUGGAGUAUUACGUCGUCAAGCUUUAGAUCGAGGAGCCGAGAAAUUGGGGAUUAAACAUGUUGUCACGGGACAUAAUGCUGAUGAUGUUGCUGAAACGGUAUUGAUGAAUUUAUUAAGAGGUGAUGUGGCAAGAUUAGAAAGUUCUACUAAUAUUAUGACUACUUCAGCGGGAUCUCCCAUUAAACGAUCAAAACCUUUCAAAUACACUUAUCAAAAGGAAAUUGUAUUGUAUGCCCAUUAUAAGAAAUUAGAUUAUUUUUCAACUGAAUGUACUUAUGCCCCAGAAGCAUUUAGAGGUACAGCUAGAGAAUUAUUGAAAUCUUUAGAAAGUAUUCGUCCAUCUUGUAUUAUGGAUAUCAUAUAUAGUGGUGAACAUUUAGUGCUAGCACCUAAAAAGCAAAAACGGAAAACCGUUGCCUAUAAGAAUAAAAAUAAGAACAAGAAGAAAUCAAACAGUGAACAAGAGGAACAAGAAAAACAAGAACAAGAAGUGAAUCCUGAUGGAUCUAUAUCUUUGAAUCGAAAUGGAAUUAAAAAAGAUGGUAAUACAUGUGAAAAAUGUGGUUAUCUUUCAUCAAAUAAGAUUUGUAAAGCAUGUAUGUUAUUGAAUGGAUUGGAAAUAAAUCGAGCUAAAGUGACGAUUGAUAAUAAUUCUGCUAUUGAUGGUGCAGCAAAGCUUACUAAGAAAUUAGAACAAUUGAGUUUUUAA